AUGGCUGAAGUUAUCGCAGUCGUUAUUGGCGCUUAUCCUGCAUUCAGCUUCGCAUGGAGUGCUUUGGAAAGGGCGAUGGGCAUAUGCGACUCCAUCGAAAGCCGGCGAAGUCAACUAAAAUGUCUUCUGAGUCGCUGUGAGGUCCUCAUGCGGGAGAUGGCCAACUUUCUAAUGGAGCGACGGACUGAGCCGCUGCAUGACAGCCUUCUUCAGAUCUUGCAAACUACACAAACGGCGGGAAACACAGUUGUGAGGCUCAGUGAAAAGGGUUUCCUAUGGUGCUUGCUUAAUACCGGAGCAAUCGACGAAGCGCUCUCAAGUGCUUCGAACUCUAUCAACGAUGCCGUUCAGCGCUUCAACAUUGUGGCCCAUCUACGACUCGCCGAUCAGCAAGCACUGAUGGAAGAAGCGCGGGAGAAAGAUGAAUCAGAGCUCGUCAAAUACUUGCACCAUCUUUCCAGAUACGACCACAAGAUUCUAAAAGUACUGAAUGUCCAGGAGGGUCGUCAGCGGCGAAUAGAAGACCUACUUGUCGGUCUUACACAGUACGUAUCCGAACUUGGCGAGGAGCGGAAAUCCCCUUCUGUCCAGGAAAGGUUUAUCAGGAAGGCCUUGGAGACACUGCAAAGACACUCACGACCUCUUAACGGCAGCAAUCUAUGUGCCCCUCCCGUAUGGAACAUCACCAGUCUCGAAAUCAGUUUCGCGAAGAUUGACUGCAUCGGUUGUGGGUCUUUCGGUAGCCUUUAUCGCGGAGAAUGGGAUGGCAGGGAUGUCGCGGUGAAACAGAUGACGUUGCAGAACGCCAAGGAUGAGAAACGUGUCGAGAAGCAGCGCAAGGCUUUCUUGAAGGAAGUCAAUGUCUGGACAAAUCUUUCGCAUCCUAAUAUUUUGCGGUUCUAUGGAGCAUGCAUGAGCGUAGAACAGCCAUUCAUGGUCAGUCAGUAUUGCGAGUUUGGCAAUAUCAAUCAGUACAUCAAGAAGCAUGAGUGUGGGAGAAAAGAGCGAUUGUCGUUGAUCGCGGACAUUGCUUCAGGUAUGGCGUAUCUCCACCGCAAGGACGUUGUGCAUGGUGACCUUAAAGGCGCCAACGUUCUCGUGGGAGACGACCGUCACGCCCUCUUGGCGGAUUUUGGGAUGUCACGGAUUGUAGACGAUGACCCCAAUCGUUCUAUGUCAACCACUUCAAAUUCGCUACAAGGCACAAUACGAUGGAUGGCGCCCGAGCUAUUCGACUCUGAUGCAAACGUCGAGCGACCCAACAAAGCCUGUGAUGUAUAUAGUUUCGGGAUCACUGCUUGGGAGAUAUUCACCGGAAAAGUGCCUUACGCGGACACCCCCGACUUCCAAAUCCCCAACACGGUUCAAAAGAAGAAAAUACGCCCAAAACUGCCCCCGGGGAUCGAAGGCACAACCACUGUCGGAAAACUGAUGGUGGAGUGCUGGGAUGCACGACCAGAUUCAAGGCCGUCGUUUGCCCGAAUCCAGGACGAUCUGAAGAAAGCCCCCGCGGCGCCCGAUUCAUACGGCCAUGAAUUCAGAGCGGUCCCAGCGAGUAAAGCCAGUAGCCCCAGAUUGCCAGAGGUCUUCAUUAGGCCGAAAUCCACAGAGCCUCUCGACCUCCCCACUUCUGACGAUGAGACUCUGAGCAUCACAUCUUCCAUGGCUGAUUCUCUCGACACUGAGAUAGAAGACCUUUUGGCGCUUGCAGACGACGCGGCUCAAGAGAAACGCUAUGCGGACGGCGCAAAGUUCUACGAGGAGGCUUGGAAGGUCAGCCAGCAGCUUGUUGGUCGCGAGCACGUCGAGUCCUUGGACAUCGCCCACCAUCUCGCUGCCAUGUGGGCCACAUUGGAACGCCACGUCGAAGCCGCGGAGAUGUACGAGGAGGUCGUGGCGGGAAGGAGAAAGGCUUUGGGACCAUAUCACGUCGACACCCUCGACAGUAUGCAUUGUCUCGCCACAGAGUACGUCAAGUACAAUCAGAGCGACAAGGCUUUGGAUCUUGUCGCUGAUAUUGUGGAGGGGAGGAAGAGGGUUUUCGGUGGCGAGCACCGCCUCACACUACGGUCUAUGCACAUGCUUGCUUCCGUCAAUGCAGAUCUCGCGCGAUACACCGAGGCCGCAAUACUCUUCGAGGAGGUCGUUCAACUGAGAAAAAGAACCCUUGGGGCCGACCACUUCGAGACUAUGGACAGUACGAAUCACCUGGCGACCGUGUACGCGAAGCUACGCCGCUACAGCGACGCCGCCGAGCUGUACCAGGAAGUACUCUCAGCGAGAGCCACACAUCUUGGCGCACACCAUCCAGCCACGUUACAGACCAAGCAAUAUCUGGCUGCGUUGUUCGCCGGUCGCCUUAAUCGUUAUAUUGAAGCGGCGCGGUUGUACGAGGAGUUAGUGGAAAGGAGGAAGAUAUCUCUUGGUCCCAAACACGCGGAUACUCUACGCACCAUGCACUUCCUGGCAGCCGUGUACGGCAACCAUCUUCAUCGAUAUACGGAUGCAGCAGUGAUCUUCGAGGAGGUCGUGGAAGGGCGGAAGGAGGUUCUCGGUUUGGACAACAUCGAAACUCUCAAGAGUGCUCAUCUACUGGCGGUCAUGUAUACCGACCUUGGUCGACACGAGUCAGCCGUCGACCUGUUCGAGGAUGUCGCAGCCAGGAGGAUCAACAUUCUCGGCCCCCAUAAUCUCACCACACUCUCAAGUCGAGAUCGCCUCGCCCACACACUGUACCAGCUUCGCCGCUAUUUGGAGGCCUCCGCCGUAUGGGCGGGUGUCGUCGAAGCGAGACAGAGAGUCCUAGGUAUUUCGCACGCAGAUACUCUGGAGAGUAUGCUCGACCUUGGAGCAGCUUAUGCUCAUCUGCAUCGUCACGACGACGUUCGAAGGUUGUUAUUGGAGGUGGUGGCGGUGCGAGAGAGUGUCUUGGGUCCCACCCACAGCGACACUGUUGCGAGCAAAGAGAUCUUAGCCCGAGCCUAUGGGCAACAAGGUGAGGUUCGACUUGCGGAGCCUAUGCCCAUCAAGGUGACAGCGCGGUUCAGGAGAAGCCCUGGUUUGGGCAAGGACUUCUUUGGGCCGAGUCCGCCUAUAUCCUAG